UUCACUCCUUCAGUCUAUUUACGUUAUGGGUUUCACCUCAAGCCUCCUUUCAUUUCCACAGUUCUCCUUCCUUCUGCGGCUUAUAUUUCUCUCUAAACCAUUGUCAAUAUACACAUAAGCGUAGACAACUUUCCCAACACUCAGCACUCUGUCACAACUCACAAUCUCAUUCUAUUGCUAUGUUGAAUGAUCAGAGAGCAGGCACCAGCCGUCAACAAGAAGAUGAUGAUCACGGUGAUGAUGAGAUCAUCCGGGAUAUCCACGCCUUGACACCACCUCAUCCUCCACAGGCUGCAAACCGUGGCCGUCAAAGAGAGACUUGGGAAACUGGCAGCCACAGAUCAUCGUCUCUGUCCAUGGCUAGUACUGAAGGUGCUUCUAGUGAGAAUUUCACUACCAUUAGUAGAGAAUUCAGUGCUCUAGUGGUUGCUGGGUCAACAAUUGCGAAUAGUACUUUUAGUGACAACGAUAUGAAUGAUAGUACUGUGAAUAAUCCUGGAAACAACUUGGGAUUGGGAAGGAUUGGAGAGGAGGACAAUAGGCCGGAGGAGACCAAUCCCUUGGCUAUAGUACCGGAUAAUUAUAACUCAUUGGAUCCAGUUGCUUCUCCGAGAAGUAUUGGUGCUAGUACUAAUAACAUGGCCGGCUCUACUUCAUCAAGCAUGAUUGGCACUAAUCAAGGGCCUCCAAGUGAGAUUUCUGUGCAUAGGGUCAAGAAAGAAGAGGUGGAAUCAAAGAUAUCGGCAUGGCAAAACGCAAAGAUUGCUAAGCUAAACAACAGGUUCAAGAGGGAGGAUGCCAUUAUUAAUGGGUGGGAGAGUGAGCAGGUUCAGAAAGCUUCUUCAUGGAUGAAGAAAGUUGAGAGGAAAAUGGAGGAGAAAAGAGCAAGGGCCCUAGAGAAGAUGCAAAAUGAUAUAGCCAGAGCUCACAGAAAAGCAGAAGAGAGGAAGGCAUCGGCUGAGGCUAAGAGAGGAACAAAAGUGGCAAGGGUUCUUGAAAUAGCCAAUUUAAUGAGAGCUGUUGGAAGAGCACCUGCCAAAAAGUCAUUCUUCUAAGCCUUGAGAUAAUGGAGAAUAUAUGCCCCAGAAACAUAUAUAAGGACUUUUUCCUUUUGAAAUAAGGCACCCUAUAUGAAAUGGGGCAGUGAAGAGUGGCAUCAACGGAAAUGAUCAAACUACGUAUUUUGAGUGCUUUGAUUAUUAGUGUUCUGAGUGUCUUGGUAUUUUGGAUGUUGUUAGCUAAGUUAGAGAGGUGGAGAAACCUUUCAGGUCUUGUACAGUUAGAGUGCCUAAAGAGUUGAUGUCUUUGUCUUCACAUUUCUAUAAUGGUUAUGGUAUGUUAUAUUGUACUAUUUCUCACAAGCUAAAUCACUAUUUCCUAGUGUAAUCAGCUAUACAGAAACUCGUAUUCAAUUAGAACUAGCGUUGCUGAA